AUCAUUGCACAGAGAAAGAGAGAGAGGGAGAGCAGAGGAGGUUACUUUGGGAAGCAGUACAGCUUGCUCAUCCGAUCCGUGUAGUUCAGAGAGAGUGUGUCAUGUUACAGAGAAGCCAGGAUCAGCCACAGUGCAACUCCAAAGCAGUUGAGAAUUACCUCUCUCUAAUGGGGACUUUCAUGUGCAAUCUCUUAACCACUCUGCUAAGGAACUGAAACUGACAAACCUAGAGGGAGAGGAAAAGAACAACAAACGAAAAAGACUGAAAGACACAAACUGAUCUGAUUAUUUUCCCCAAAACUUUUCUGGAGUUGGAUCCUUUCUUUUUUUAAAUCACUUUUUUCCCCUUUUUAUCCAUACAAUUUUGUUGUUGUUGUUGUUGUUAUCAUUUCUAUUAUUCAGUGGCAUUGGGAUUCCCUCGGACGCUGCUCUUCCAUGAAUUCUGGAUUGUUCUUCUUGGAGUGGGAUUGAAACUUUAUUUAUUCUAUUUAUUUAUUUAUUGUUUCUCAGGAGAGGGAGGGAAUGUUGGAGGAGAAGGGCUGGAAAGGUGCUAGCAAUAGUGCCUUUGACAGGGGGUGCAUUGCUCCCCCCAGGACAGGGGAUGGAGAAAGAUGCUGCAGGUUUCCUCUACUGCUGGGCUCUGGGCUUCCUGGGGUGUCUUUGAUUUCUCUGGUGCUGAGCCUCCUGCUAUACUUUAGGACAUCAGACCUGCAAUCCAGGGUUUCACAUUUGGAAGCAGACAGAUGCACUCAGCUCCCUGCCUGGCUCUCUGCAGACCAAAUGGAGACAGCUAUUUUGGGAAGAGUUGACCAACUGCUUGAUGAGAAAUUAAAGUUCAACUUGCCAAGACAUCGAGAAGUUCGAGAUACCCACCAGAGGUGUAACUGCCCGGCAGGGCCUCCUGGCCCUACAGGAAGACCAGGGCUUCCGGGAGACAAAGGCGCCAUGGGAAUCCCUGGAAGACCGGGACUAAAGGGGCAACCCGGAGAGAAGGGAACCCCCGGAGAAGCAGGCAUGUCCAUCAUCGGUCCCCGAGGCCCUCCCGGACAGCCUGGAACGAGAGGUUUUCCUGGAUUUCCGGGCCCGAUUGGUUUGGAUGGCAAACCAGGCCAUCCUGGACAGAAGGGGGAGAUGGGUGUUGCUGGUCCCAAGGGACAGCCGGGACCUCCAGGACAAAAAGGAGAAAAGGGCCAAUGUGGAGACUACCCACACAGGCUGUUGCCUCUCCUCAAUUCAGUGCGGCUGGCUCCACCCCCGGUCAUAAAGAGACGCACUUUCCAGGGUGAACAAGGACAGGCGGGGAUUCAAGGUCCGCCAGGGCCACCUGGUCCACCAGGGCCAACUGGACCAUCUGGACCAGCAGGAAAUCCAGGACAACCUGGCCCAGUUGGGCCACCUGGCAAAGUAGGGGAGCCUGGAAAGGCAGGCAAGGAUGGAAAGGGUUUACCUGGAUCCCCUGGACCAAAGGGAGACCCUGGAAUUCAAGGAUACCAUGGGAGGAAGGGUGAGGUGGGUGAGGCUGGCCUACCAGGUGCACCUGGCCUUCCUGGAUCUAUUGGCCCCAAGGGUGAAAAGGGGGACACUGGCAUGAAGGGGGAGAGGGGCAUGCCAGGGCUGCCAGGAAAACAUGGAGCUAAGGGGGCUCCUGGAAUGGCUGUUGCAGGGAUGAAGGGAGAACCUGGAGUUGCAGGGAUGAUGGGCCCCCCAGGUUUGCCAGGGAAAAGGGGACAGAGGGGGGAGAAGGGAAGAGCUGGUGAUCCCGGACUUCCUGGAUUCCUAGGACAGAAGGGAGAGAAGGGAGAUGCUGGCAAUGCACUCGGGGGAGGUAAAGGGGAACCCGGACACCCGGGACUACCUGGGCCUCCAGGACCAAAGGGGGAAGCUGGUGACAUUGGCCAGACUGGCAUUGCAGGACCGCAGGGGGAAAAGGGAGAACCUGGAGCACCCGGAGAACAGGGGCCUGUUGGUCCAAGGGGUCCCAAAGGGGAGCCAGGAAAGGAUGAAAUGGUGGAUUAUGAUGGUAACAUCAACGAAGCUCUACAGGAAAUACGAACCUUGGCCCUGAUGGGACCUCCUGGACUUCCAGGAGUAGCUGGGCCCCCAGGGCUACCAGGCCAGAAGGGUGAAAUUGGAUUACCGGGUCCUCCUGGACACGAUGGCGAGAAGGGGCCACGAGGUAAAUCAGGAGAGGUGGGUCCUCCUGGUCCCCAAGGGCCCCCAGGAAAGGAGGGACCUCCAGGAGUGAAGGGAGAGACUGGACUUACCGGGACCCCAGGAGCAAAGGGGGAAAAGGGGGAGGCAGGAGAAGCUGGCUCUCCGGGUCUUGAUGGCCCAACUGGGGAGAAAGGAGAACAAGGUGACCAAGGGAUACCAGGACCUUCAGGAUUACCGGGUCUAAUUGGACUUCCAGGAUUGACAGGAGAGAAAGGAGAACCUGGUGAGGAUGGGGAAAAAGGAGAUCCAGGGGACUCAGUAUCGGGGCCACCCGGGCCCCAAGGCCCACCAGGUGUUGCAGGUCUUCAAGGCCUUCCAGGACCGAAGGGGGAAGCAGGGAUUGAUGGAAUGAAAGGAGAGAAGGGUGUCCAGGGUGAGAAAGGAGACCGAGGUCCACUGGGAUUGCCCGGUGCUUCAGGUUUAGACGGCAGGCCUGGACCACCGGGUACUCCAGGACCAAUUGGAGCUCCAGGACCAGCAGGACCAAAAGGGGAAAGGGGCAGUAAAGGUGACCCUGGAAAUGCAGGACCAAUGGGGCUAGCUGGGCUUCCUGGUUUACAAGGCCCAUCUGGUGACAAAGGACACCGGGGGGAGAGGGGCAAGAAAGGCUCUAGAGGGCCUAAAGGGGAUAAGGGAGACCAAGGAGCGCCUGGAUUAGAUGCACCCUGUCCAUUGGGGGAAGAUGGCUUGCCAGUUCAGGGCUGCUGGAACAAGGGUCAAACUCCUUGGUUGAUAGCCAAAAAGUGAGACAAGGUUGGGGGAUGACUGCAACAAUGAAAGGAGAAGAACAUCCUUCCUGAAGAUUUGCUGAAGAUGUUUGCAAAUUACCGUCCAGGAGUUUGAAGGAAUUCUUCAGUCACGCACACCAGAGUAUUGUCCUUGACCAACAUGCGUGGUGUGGCUACUGGAGAUGGGCAUACCAACAGUUUUUGCUUUGUUUUUUUGUCCCCUCCUUCCAGAGGCCAGCAGCAGAGCUAGAAAAUUACUUUUUUUUUUUGGUUCAUUUUCCCAAAUUCUAUUUUUGUCAUCAGACUCUUCGCAUGAAGAAUUAGGUUUGUUUUCCAGCAGCCAAUAUGUAAAGUAAGUGUAACAUAGAUACAGACAAUAAUUCUGUGGGACUCUCUCAGUACAAGAAGGAAACUCUCUCUCUUGAAUAAUCAUCUCUUUAAAGAAAAACUUGUAUAUUCAUUUUGGAGAGCAGCUCCAAGAGGACAUGGUAAAAGCUUUGCUACCUUUCCUGGUUACAAGAUGACAAACUUCCAUCUAUUCCCUUUGAUGAUUCCAUCUUUAAUCCUUUCAUAACCUUUUAUUCUCCCCACAAGCUAUACAUGAAUGAAUUUUUUGCACAUACACAAACAAAACUUCUAUCCAGUUUGUACAGUCAUAUUAUAUCCUGGCAUAAUAGACAAAAAUUCUGCUGUUUGGUGAAAGUCUGUUUUCAUUAGCAGUUGCUUUGGAUACUGGAGUUCCAUUCAAUUUCAGUCUUUCAUGAUACAAAUUGGAAGUAUUAGUUGGCACUACACACCAGAACAAAAUAAUGUUAAUGAUGUCUUUAGAUCUCCAGAAAUGUUUCUGAUGUCUUGAUAAAGUGCUUAAGUAAACUUUUCUGUGGGUACAUUCCAACAGAAGUAUUCCAAGAUUGAAAGGAAGGAUCACAGUGGUGUAAUUUCUAACAGUUACAAGAUAUUAAGGGGCUUUACACAGAUUUACUAGAGGGAAGAAAAGAUUAGGCAAGGAGUUAAAUGUCACAUAGUACAUUUCCCCCUUCAUAUGAAAUUCUGAGUGUACAACACCGGAACCUCAACUGCCUCACAACAUGUAACACACAAAUAUGGCAUCCCCUAUUUUAUUCCUAUUACUGAGAGUGAAAGAAACUCUAAUCAUAUAUAUUUGUAUUGAGUAUCUCUACUAUAGAGUUCCUGCAAUAAAACAAUGCAGCUACAAUUUAUAAAAUAAGUACAACUAUUGCAUUGAGUGCACUAAUGCCCCAAUUCAGUAAAGCACUUACAUAUGAGUAGUCCAAUUAAAGUCAAUGGGAUUACUCAUAUGCUUAAAGUUAAGCAUGUUCUUAAGUGCUUUGCUAAAUGCAUUACAUUAUUUUAAUCACUAGAGAAAUCAGGCUGAUUUGGCUAAUGGGUUAGCAAUUCAUGUUGUAGUUCAGCUAGGAGGGUUUAUCUUCAGAAAUCAAAUCCAAUGUGAUUUAUUUUUUAUCAGAAUAAAUCCCAGAAAUAAGAUACUUUUAUAUAUACCCAUAUCAAGCAUCUCUAACUUCAGCUGGCACUACCAUGCCUACUUUGGGGUUUAUUUGUUUUUUAUCAGUGUUUUACUAACUGCUUUUCAGCUAAAAAGCACCUUUUGUUAUCAUCUAUCUCCAUGAACAAGCUUGUGAUUGGCUGCUAAGAUCUGAAGUUGAGAGAUGUGGUGGACGGUAACUCACCAGGAAAAUUAAUGAUCCCAUUACACAGGUUUAAGAAUCAUGAUUAGUGUUAAAAAGCCCACUUCAGAGUUCUAUAACCAAUGAUCUAGUGGCACUAUUUUUACAAACAUGGCAGCACAGCAUUUUGGAGUUGCUGAGACUCAAGUUUCUAAAUCAGUGGGUCUCAACUUUUUUACUGGCAACCCCUUUCACAUCGCAAGCCUCUGAAUGCGAUCCCCUUAAUAAAUUAAAUACACUGUUUAAUAUAUUUAACACCAUUAUAAAUGCUGGGGGCAAGCGGGGUUUGGGGUGGACACUGACAGCUCGCAACCCCCUCAUGUAAUGACCUUGUGACCCCUUGAGGGGUUUCAACCCCCAGUUUGAGAACCCCUGUACUAAAUGAUCCAAGAUAUUUUGAAAGCAACGUUCCAGUGCUUUUUCAACAAGGGGAAUACAGAAGACUUACUUGUAAUUUGAAGGGCAGAAGAAGACUCUUCCCACUUUGGUCCUAACUCUAACUGCUAUGUAUCAGGAUAGCUUCAUAAACAGGGAUGUACCACGUAUGGCAAUAUUAGUCUGAACAGAGAGCAGGCCCUGAAAUAACAAAUGAAAACACAAACCUGUCAAAGUUUGUCAUUGUAGGGGAAAUUGUAUGGAAUACUGGAAUGCCCACAGGAAAGGCACAGUUGUGAUUAUCCUAAUUUGCCUCUAGGCACUCCCAGUGCAUUAAACCCACCCUGAUGAAGAGCCUUUAUCAGGCAGCAAACGUUUUAAACAGAUGAUAGGUCAUAUUGACUAUGAGACCUUAUACAGUAUCCACCUCUUCUCAUCCUUAUACAGAACCUUUUCAGAGCAAGUCUACUUCCAAAAUAAUUCAAGGAUGAAGGGGACAGGAAAUAUCUUCAUUUAAAGAAUAUGUGAUGCAAAAUUUCUUUAAGAAGUAUAUCAGUCACACAGAUUAUGCAAUAAAUGUAUUAGCAAAGGAGAGAAAUAUCUUCAGGUUAAUGAAGGGGUUAAUUUCUUUUAUUUGUAGUUUUUACUUUUUGGGGUGUAAGAACCUGACCAGAACUGCAGGCGGUGUGCCUUUUGUUUUUUAAUGAAAAAAAUUAUAUUUAUAGUUUGAUAAUGUUAAUAUCACUUUUCUUUCUGUUAUUAAUAUUAUUAUGGCAAUACAUUUGCUCUUUUUUAUUUCAUUGUGAUUUCUUUUAGGAGUUCUUUCCAUGGGACUUUGGAAUAUAAGGAUUAUAAAUACUCCCCACCCCAAAGUUCCUAAGGACGUUUUUGCCCUGUUUUUCCCCAGUUCAUUAGCAAACUGGUGCUUUUUACUGACAUGUUAAUUUUCAGUGCAAAGAAAUAUAUCCACACAGGCCACCCAUGGGGACCAGGUAACAGUGACCUCUCAUACAAAUGGUCUCUCUAAAACACUGUAUUUACAUUUUCAAAAAUAAAAACAAGAAUAUAUUAGGGACCAGAUGACAAAAAGUGGUCUCCUCUCAUACCAGGUGGUCUAUCUUAAAGAAGGUGGUCUUGAAAGUUUCUCUGUGUUAUUUUUGCUAGUGUUCUAUGGAAUCUCAGACUCAUUAGAAAUAUCUGAAAUGCUGAUUAAAAAGAAACAAAUUUUCAGUUAUGACUUGAAAACAGUAGGAUGUUGGUAGUCACCUUCUAAAAUUAUCCUGUUUUCUCCCUUUGUUCUCCCUGGCCCCAAUAAAGCAAAGCACAUAAAUUGAUGCUUAACUUUAAUCCAGUGGGUCUACUCACGUGUUUAAAGUCAAACACAUGGUUACAUGCUUUGCUGGAUCGGGGACUCUGUCUCCUUUCUAUUUCUUUGUUUUCUGAAUCAUUUUCCUAUAAUGUCCCUUACUGUUUCAUUCUGUUUGUCUCUCAUGAUUUUCUUUCUUUGCUUCUUUCUUUCCAUUUCAUCUUUCAUAUCAUCUCUUCUUGCAACAUCUUGUUCCUUGUUUUAUUUCCCCCCCUUAUUACCUUAUCCUUUCUGCUACAUUGUUUUCCAACCUUUACCUCUCUAUAAUCAGAUAUUUUGAUCUGAUGAAA